AUGCGUUUAGCCACAUCCAGACGUCUACAAGACCAAUUGAUCCCACUGGAGACACUGGCGACGGAACUUCACCUGGCUGUGUCCGAAGACGCGACUUCUGGUGAUCAGCUGGGAUGGUUAGUACCUGGUUACCUACCCGAUACUUCAGGACGCUAUGCAGCUCCGAUAUUUUGGCAGACGACCAAAGAAUAUCGUCACUCAUAUUCGUGGUGGACGGCGCACUUGUGUAAAUAA